CCCGAGCCCCGCUGCCCUCCCCGCCAGUGUGUGCGCGCAGGGCGAGCCCCAGUCGGCAGCCCCGGGGGAUCGCCCCGGCCCGGCGGGGCAGGCGUCCCCGUUCCCAAACCCGACCUCGUGUCCCACAUGGAGCGAUGGGAAGAGCUGCAAGUCCCAGACCCCCAGUGCUCCAAGGAACAGGAGAUGCCAAGAGGCGCCCAAGAAGGUGCCGAGAUCCCGCGUAGAAGCAAGGAAGAGACUUUGCAGCAUGAAAGGGAAGCAGCCAGAUGCAAAGGGAAUGUGUCCUGUAGACCCAAGGGGGGCGAUGGCUGGGUGGAAGGGCAGCAGGAUCCCGGACCUCUGGGUUCCAUUUGCGUGAAGAGUGGCAUGAGCGACAGGUCAGUGGGUGGCACCCCAAACCCCAUCGCCUGCCCCAUGUGCGGGAAGGGCUUCAGCCGCAGGUCGAACCUCACGAAGCACCAGCGGGUCCACACGGGGGAGCGUCCCUUCUGCUGCACCCAGUGUGGGAAAUGCUUCACUCAGAGCUCCAACCUCUGCCGGCACCAGAGCCUCCAUGCAGCGGGCGAGGGGCCCUGGUGCUGCCCCGAGUGUGGGGAGAGCUUCACAGGGAGCGCGGGGCUGGCCAGGCACCGAAGAACACAUGCCGUAGGGGAGAGAUCCCACUACUGCCACCAAUGUGGGAAAGGCUUUGCUAGCCACUCACUCCUGACCAUUCAUCGGCGCAGCCACUCGGGGGAGCGGCCGUUCUCAUGUGCCCAGUGUGGGCGCAGCUUUGACCGCAGCUCCCUACUGGUGGAGCACCAGCGCACCCACACUGGGGAGCGCCCCUACCGCUGCCACCAGUGCAGCCAGGGCUUCACCCGCGCCACCCACCUCAGCCGGCACCAGCUAAUCCACCGUGGCGAGCGACCUCACGGCUGCCCCGAGUGUGGCCGGCGCUUCCGGCUCCGGGCUGCAUUAGUCAAGCACAUGCGGAGCCACACAGGGGAGCGACCCUACAAGUGUGCUGAGUGUGGGGCAGUCUUCGCCAGUGUCUCCUCCCUGGCCCGGCACCGCCGGAGCCACGCCGGUGAGAAGCCCCACCACUGCCCCGAUUGUGGCAAGAGAUUUGGGCAGAGCACUGCCUUCGCUGAGCACUGCCGCACCCACACUGGGGAGCGCCCCUACCACUGCCUGGAGUGUGGCCGCGCCUUCGCUGGCAGCUCCAACUUCAUCCGGCACCAGAGAAUCCACACCGGGGAGCGGCCCUACCAGUGCCAGGACUGCGGCCGCACCUUCCGGUGCGACAAGACCUUUGGGCAGAGCUCCCACCUGCUGCAGCACCAGAUCACGCACACUGGGGACCGUCCCUACCAGUGCCCUGACUGUGGCAAGCGCUUCAGCUGGAGCUCAGCCCUGUGCCAGCACCAGCGCAUUCACCGCGGGGAACGCCCCUACCAGUGCGCUGACUGCGGCAAGCGCUUCGCCCAGAGCUCCAACCUGACCACGCACCGGCGCACCCACACGGGCGAGAAGCCCUACCGCUGCCCACAGUGCGGCCGCGGUUUCAGCCAGAAUGCCAACCUGCUGACCCACCAGCGGGUGCACGCAGGGGUCAAGCGCCACGAGUGCCCCCAGUGCGGACGGGUCUUCGUGGAGCGCUCAUCCUUGCUCAAGCACCAAGGCGUGCACUUGGCGGAGAAACCAUACCAGUGCCCCGAGUGCGGGCGCAGCUUCACACAGGGCUCCACACUGGCCCAGCACCUCCGCAUCCACACCGGUGAGAAACCAUACCAGUGCGGUGAGUGCGGGAAGUGCUUUGGGCAGAGCUCGGCCCUGGCCCAGCACCGCCGGGCCCACACAGGUGAGAGAUCCUACCACUGCCACCAAUGCGGCAAGGCCUUCAGUCAGAGCUCCAACCUCAUCACUCACCAGGCCUCACACACCGGUGAGCGGCCUUACAAGUGCCCGGACUGUGGGCGCGCCUUUGGGCGCAGCGCCCAUCUGGUUACCCACCAGCGCACUCACACUGGGGAGCGACCCUACCGCUGCCACCAAUGCGGCAAGGGCUUCAGCCAGAGCUCCACCUACAUCCAGCACCAGACCACCCACACCGGUGAGCGCCCGUACAAGUGCCCGCAGUGUGGCAAGGCCUUUAGCCAGAACUCCAACCUGCUCACCCACCAGCGCAUCCACACUGGUGAAAAACCUUACCGCUGCCACCAAUGCGGCAAGAGCUUCCGGCAGAGCUCAGGCUAUCUGCAAAUACAUCAGCGCACGCACACCGGGGAGCGGCCGUACCGUUGCUCCGACUGCGACAAGGGUUUUGCACAGAUUGCAUAUCUGAGAAUACACCAGCGCACGCACACCGGAGAGCGGCCGCGCUGCUGCCCCCACUGUGGCAAGAGAUUUGCGCACAGCUCAAGCCUGAGAACACACCAGCGCACUCACACCAGGGAGCGGCCAUACCACUGCACUGACUGCGGCAAGGACUUUGCAGAGAUUGCACACCUGAGAAUACACCAGCGCACGCACAACGGGGAGCGGCCGUACCGCUGUGCUGACUGUGACAAAAGCUUUGCACAGAUCGCACACCUGAGAAGACACCAACGCACGCACACUGGGGAGCUCCCACACCACUGCGCUGAGUGUGGCAAGGAUUUUGCACAGAUUGCAUAUCUGAGAAUACACCAGCGCACGCACACCGGGGAGCGGCCAUACCGCUGUGCUGACUGCGGAAAGGACUUUUCACAGAUCGGACACCUGAGAAAACACCAGCGCACGCACACGGGAGCGGCCGCAUCGCUGUGACGAUUGCGGCAAGAACUUCAGCAAUGCCAGUACGCUGACAAACCACCAACACAUACUCACACCGGGGAGCGGCCGCACCGCUGUGCAUACUAUGGUAAGAGGUUCAGCAAUGCCAACAAGCUGACCCAGCACCAGUGCAUAAUCUCAUACCUGAGAGCACACCAGCAUGCGCACACCAGGGAGCGGCCAUACAGCUGUCAUGAUUGCGGCAAGAGCUUCAGCAGCACUGAUGCCUCAUCAGUGCAUGCACACCGUGGCCGGCCAUUCCAAUGCACUGACUGCGGCAAGAACUUGCACAGAGCUCACUCCUGAGAAUACACCAGCGCAUUCACAGCAGGGAGCGGCUGUACAGCUGUGCUGAUUGGCAAACGCUUUGCUCAAUUGGGCAACCUCCCCUGGCACCAGUUGGCUCACCAAUGCCCCUCUGCCACUGCCAGGGUCUGCGGGGCUUCUGGCAGCAAGUGGAUCUGGCACAGUGCCAGCAGACUCAGACCAGGGAGUGGUCCUGUCCCCCAUGAUGCCCAGCAGAGACUGUGGGGGCAGGGAAGGGGGACUUGGCUGAGCAGCAUGGGGAAGAGCAGACAGGUGGGGGGAUUUUAGAGCAGAUGGUCACAGGCUACUCAGACUUUUGCAUUACUCCUUGGGGAAUUCUGUGCUAAAAAAAGAAACAUUCUGCAAACCAUAUUUUAAAAUUCUGCAUAUUUUAUUUGUCA